CGCAAUAUGCCAAGCGUCCUGAUCUGCGACGACUGCCGCGUCCCUCAGGCCAAGCAGUCGGGGUUCCGCGAGAGCCAAUGGGAGAAUCCGCGGCCGGUCUGCAACUCGUGUGCGACCAACCGCGCGUGGACGCUCUUCGCCGCCGACAUGGCGGCGUGCCCCAACGCGCAGGUCGUGCACAACCACGGCGUGACCGAGCGCCCGACGCCAGCUGUCGUGCCACCCGAGGCCUCGGCGCCAGCACCGCCGCUGCAGUGGGAACGCGCCGCAGCGAAGAAGAUGCAAGCUGCGCCGGCGAGCAUCGAGGACGACAAGGCGAGUGACGACGAUAAUGGCAAAGCCCGCUGGGCGACGCACAAAUCGUGGUGCUCCAGCUGCUGCAAACCGGCGCGGAAAGCGCUUCGUUGCAGUCAGUGCAAGCGCGUGUACUUUUGCAGCGCAGCGUGUCAGUCGGCGUCCUGGCCCCAGCACAAGCCGUCGUGUCGGGCGCCGCGCACCAACGACGCCAGCAUCCUUGCGCUCUGCACCGCGCUUCAGUCGAGCGACGCGACCACGUGCUGGCAGGCGCUCACGCAGCUACAAGUUCGUCUCUCGGAAGGUGCGAAUGCCGGUUUUUCGACCACCGAGUCCUUCGUGGCCCAUGGCGGCUUGAGCAUGCUCCUUCCAUUGCUCGAUACGGACGCACCCGAGACCGUGUGGCAGGUUUUGCUGCUGUUGACCCGCUUCGUCGAAGCAUAUCCUAAUUUGGCUCUCGUGCUGCGCGCCAACGGCGUCACGGCGACCUGUGCCCAGCUCUUGGCGACACACGAGGACCUUCGCCUUCGCGCGUCGGCGGUCGUCCUCCUCGGGACGAUGCUGGGCGUAGCAGCCGAGCUCGCCGCCACGUACGUCGACCUGGACGUCGUCCCGUGCUUCAUGGCGCUUCUCAGCGACGCGCACUUGGGCGCUGGCCAGCUGCGUAACGACGUCGAAGCUGUCGCGUGCCUCCAGAGCACCAGUCUGCUUUUGCAGAUCUUUGAACACGGCGACCGCGAUGCGAUUUUGCAAAGCCUCGACGCCUUCCGCCUCACCGUCGACGACCACACAUCGACAACGGCGACGAUCUUGACGGACCUCUUGUGCCAGCGCGAGACCAUGGACCGCCGAGGGGCCGAGACGCAAUCGCUUAUCGGACAGCACUUGUACUUCAACGCGCUCACGCUCGUCGGUCUUCUCGUGCACAGCGGUGACGCAAUGCGUGACGCAUUCUCGUCGGCAGGGUUUCUUCCUCUCUGGCACGACUUGGUGGAAGCGCAUUUGGCCUACGAUGACGACACUCACGCUGGUGGUCCGUGCGAGUGGCUCGUCUACGCUCUGCAGACAUAUGUUUAUGACUGGCGGCCACCGGCGGCUGAGCGCCGCGCAACGACGCUGGCCAGCCUCGACCGGCUCGUUGGCCUCGUGACACCGUUUCUGCGGCAGCCAACCGACAAUUUCAUCGACGUCGCGAGUGUACUCUUGCUCUACGCCGUGGCCACGCACUUGAGUGUGGACCCAAACAGUGCCGUCGUUGCGAGUCGCGUCGUCUUGGCCAGUCUCGACGUCUUCGUCUGCAGCGUGCUCCCGCCGUACGAGAUGCCGGACGCCGACCGAGCCGCGCGCAUCCACGCCAACAUUGAAACGAUUGCUAUGACGCUCCACGAGGUCCUCUCGCAACUCACAGACGGCCUCGACGCGCCGUCGUCACCCGUCUCUGCCAGCGUCCUGUGCGAAACUAUCAAGUGUGUCGGGCUCGUAGCCCACUUUGGCCAAGCCAUGCCACUACCCGCCGCGUCCAAGCGCAUGCCGUCGACGCUGUGCCGCAUUGUGCUGCACACCGCAACGCCCGAGGCGACAAAGCGCAUCGCGGUCGCCGCACUGGUGCAAUGGGCGACGAGUGGGAACGCGCUUCAGUGGACGCCAGACGCCGACCUCGGUGCGCUGGCGGCGGCAGUCGAUGCGCUGCCCGCCGAUACUGCAUUUGCACCUGUCGUCGACGCCUUUCACGAUCGGUUCUCUGAAGCUCGGAGUUAUCCUUAAGCGAUACGAGUCUCAUGGAGUAUAUAAUGGGACACGGCGACGACUAGAUAUAGGCAGUAUCAACACCAUACAUGUCUGUCGUGUCGGAGAGCAUCGAGCACUUGCUCAAGACACUUGAGACGUAGCUUCCAACGGUGAGCGGCAGGCUCUGUGAGUACGUGCUUUGGUCGUCUAAUGUGCUGCAUCUUGACACCGGUCGUUCACGUACUUGGCCGAUGGCGG